GAAAACCAAAGGACCCAUACGAACCGAACCAGCUGCAGCCAGUUCAUAAUACAAGAGUUGAACUUGUUAACUACUUUAAGUUGUUUUUGUGUAGUUCUACUUAGCAGCUCGUUUAAAUUGACAAAUCACAUUUAAAGAGAACAAUAUUUCGUUAAAUAACACUCCAAGGACUGCAGUAACUCAGGGUUUAACCUUUGACUACCUUCCCCUGCUGCAGCCAGGAACUACAUUAAAAUGGAGAACCUGCAUCCUCACUGCCUUAAAUGCAUCAACAGAAAGUGCAUGGCCAGACCAGAGCCGGGCGUGUCCUGCGAUCUGGUCAGCUGUCCUCUCGUUUGCGGGGCAGUUUUCCACUCCUGCAAGCUGGACGAACAUCGUCUUCUGUGUCCGUAUCAAAGACUUCCUUGCCUCAACAGUGGGUUUGGGUGCCCCUUCACUAUCGCGAGAAUCAAAAUGGCACAGCACCUGGAGACAUGCCCUGCCAGUAUUGUUUGUUGCACGAUGGAGUGGAACCGGUGGCCUGUGAGCUAUGCUGAUCACAAGUCCUAUGAAAACCUGAGCAAAGACUUUGAUGAGGUGGAGCAGCUGGACAUGGCUUUGGCUCUUCAGGAUCAGAGGAUGCUGUUAGAGUCACUAAAAGUUACAACCAACGUGUCAAAAAAUGGAGACAAAGAAGCAGGUGAAAGUGAUAAAAUGGCCACGGCAUCAGUGUUGGGCAAUGAAUCCGUAGAAAUGGAGGAAGAACCUUAUAAUAACUUGUACAGAGCUUCAGUGGAGACAACCAGGAGUUUAGCUGCCGCCCUGGACAUCCUCACUAAUUCCAACAUUGGGGUAAUUGUUGAAAAUAUAAAUGGUGAAAAGACUGAUAAGAAUGGAGCUCUCCAUAAUGGAGAAAAUGGGGAAUGUGUGUAUGUUGCUGAAGGUGGGAGGAAUGUAGAUAUGCACGAGAGUGACUGUGAUUCAGAGUGUGAGCUAGGAGCUGUAGGUGGAGUCGAUUGUGCUGUGGAAACAGAUGGAGAAGACGAUGUUGUUAAAUGGUCUGAAGAAAGAAACUUUGUAGAGUUGCAUUUUGAAGAAAAAGAGGAAGUAAUCAAUGAACCGAUUCAAAACGGCAACCAUGUCUGGCCACAGAUCCCUCAGGAUUAUAUGCCCAUUAUAUCACCAGAGCCUCCUGUGCCUCAGCAGAUCCCACUCUCACCCCCAAUGCCAUUCCUGGUGUUUGAUCAUGUGAGGAAUAGCUUCUUGCAGCAGUUACCCCCUGAACUCAGGUAUAGGUGUUUGAAACGUGAGCUGCAGAAUGUAGAAGUGCUUAGAGGGAUUAGUAUGUUUACAUUUAACGGCCGCCGAGCCCUGCUGUCGGACCCCUACUUGUUUCGAGCAAAAAUGGAGGACAAAGCGGUCGACACGUCUGAUUUGGAGGUAGAGGAGGACCCAAUGGGCCUCCACGGCAUUGACCUCAUAACUGCAGCUUUGCUGUUCUGCCUUGGAGACUCUCCAGGAGGCAGGGGGAUCUCGGACAGCAGGUUUGUUGAUGGCUACCACAUUGACUUUGGUACUCAGACAUUCUCCUUCCCUUCUGCCAUUCUUGCUACAAACACCAUGGUGGGCGACAUCGCCUCCGCCUCCGCCUGCGACCACGCCAGCCCGCAGCUUUCCAACCCCAGUCCUUUCCACACGCUCCGGCUGGACCUGGUGCUCGAAUGUGUUGCACGAUACCAAACCAAACAGCGCUCCAUGUUCACGUUUGUGUGUGGUCAACUUUUCCGACGGGAUGAGUUUUCGUCCCAUUUUAAGAACGUUCACGGGGACAUCCAUGCAGGACUCAACGGCUGGAUGGAGCAGCGUUGCCCCUUGGCUUAUUACGGCUGCACCUACUCCCAGAGAAGAUUCUGUCCAUCUGUGCAGGGUUUUCGAAUCAUCCACGACAGACACCUGGGUUCGUUUGGGGUGCAGCCCGGUUUGCCUUUAAAAACAGGAGACGACCAUUUGAUAAAGACCCACCACAUUGACUGUCAUUUUGAUCAGUUUAGCAGUCUGCCCUUUGAAGUUUUGCAGCACAUAGCAAGCUUUCUCGACAGCUUCAGUCUGUGCCAGCUGUCCAGAGUGUCUCGCACCAUGAGAGAUGUGUGUGCUAGUCUGCUUCAGAUGCGUGGCAUGGUCGUCUUGCUGUGGGAGAAGAAACGACGGGAUGAUGGGUCUCCUUCAUGGCAAAUAACACACAAGGUGUGGCGCUUCAGCACGGCCUUCGGCACUGUGAACGAGUGGAAGUUUGCAGACAUCACCAGCAUGGCCGACCACCUGAAGAAGUGCAAGUUCAACACGAUCGCCCGCCGGGAGGAAGCCAUCCCUCUGCCCUGCAUGUGCUUCACCAGAGAGCUCACAAAAGAGGGAAGAUGUUUACGAUCAGUUCUCAAACCAGUAGCAUAAACAGUGACGGUAUUUUUCUAAAACAUUUUUACUGACCAAGAGAACUUUAAUACACUCGUAUUUCCUUCGGUGUUUACAGACAGUAAUGUAUUCAUGCUUUGAAACUGCAACUCCAGUUGGAACAUCAUCAGUUUCUUGUUAUUCUUUGCUUCACUUUCCUUUAUAUAACAGAAAGUCAGCCCGCUUAUGGUUCAGCUGAGAUCACAUUGAAAUUCAAACGUUUCAAUAGAGAUGCACUAAUUAGACUUUUACUGGCCGAUACUGAUUUCUGGUUUUCUUUGAGGUCUGGUAAAGCUUUUUCUAUCUUCUUUUUAAGGACGUGCUGCAGAGAAAUUCUGAAUACGGACUAUACGACAUAAGACAAAUAGGACAUUGUAAUAUUCUUAUUGAAUAUUGCUCUGUUGAUUAUGAUUAACCUAAAUUUUCCCCACUACUCAUUUUCUUUUCCAUCAUCGCAAGGAUCUUGAUCAGUGGGAUCUAGAUCAGGGAAAGACAUAAAUAAUAGUAAAAGUCCAUGUUAUCGGGUAUUACUGACUGACUGGUUUCCAAAAUAUUAUAUCCAACCAAAUGUUGCCUAUAAGCAGUCCAACUUUUAACAUGUGACAAUUGUGAUUCAAUAUAUUGUGUUCAGCUCUAUUUUGAAUCCAAUAAAAAGUAAAGGGAUUACAAGAUUAUUCCCAUUGAUGGAUCAAAGCAAAUGCCUGUUACCUAUAUAUGAUUUGUGAAACUCAAGGAAUCGCAUUAAAGUACAUGCUGUUGGUUUAUAGAUAGACUAUGAUGGCAGUUCUUAGUUUUGAUGCAUUUAAUGAGCAGGAAAAAAACUGUUUUUUCAGUACCUGACCUGUUGAUCAAAGAAAAAUUGUCUGAUUCUAAUGAAUACUAUGUUACACAUACAGUAAUGGUAAAUAACUUCUGACAGAUUUGUUUAUCUAGUCCCCAGGCUGCUACAAACAUAUCGCUGGUAUCUUUAUAUUGUCUCUUGAUCUGGUUCAAAAUCAGAUCUCACAGCUUUAAUAGAACAGACUGAUACUGACCAACCACCUGAGCAGAAAGUUUGAUAUAUUACAGGAUUCUUGAAGAUUUUGCUUUCUGCUCUCCAGCAUUAACGUGUUGACAUCACUGUGUGUGAGGUGUGUUUUGUGGUUUGGCAAAUUACACUAAUGGAUUUUUUGUCUUUAUUUUUCUAUAUUUGCUGAGUAAUUAUCUGACUUGUUAUUCAGGGUGAGAUAUGAAACUUUAUUCUCCAGCCUAUUUGUCCUCUUUUUGGGAGGGUUUUUUUUUUUUUCACAAGUUACCAGCAGAUUUUUGUAGGUUCUUUGCUCCAAAACUAACUGGAGCAAUUCAAUGAAUGAAAAUGCUUGGUGAAAACAUAAGCGACUUUCAUUUCACUAAGCGUGAGACCUCAUAAAACCCUGCUGGUCAGGUUUUAAGAAAUAUAACAAACAAUUAUAGACAUCAAUACUUCUGUUCAUCUUUGUUAUUGCUAAGUGUUGCACGUUUUUGCCAUUACCUGCCAGGUGGGCAAAGAUGGAUGGUGUCUCAGGGUUUUAGGAGGAGUUUUUGUCCAGAUGUUGGUUAUGAAGAGGAUGUGACGCAUCAACUUGUGAGCCCCUGAUUACAUUGUGGGGUCUCCAAACUGAUACAGUAUUAUAAGCACAGGUUAUAGUGCAGAAAUAGCUAAAUCUAUGUUUUUAUUGUUUUUUUUUAAUAGUUAUUUUUGUGGAGAUGUUUUAUUGUUAAACUAGACAGUUCUUUUCAAAUACUGAGGAUCAUUUCUUUAGCAUAAAAACACGUUUUGAAAACACAGUGUAUUUUGUUUCUGUUUGAGAUAAAAUGCUUGAAUCUUUUUUUAUUUAUAAAAAAGGUCGUUGAAAACGUCCCAAAAGGUUUUUAGUCACAAUUUGGAUCUUCCUUGAGUGUUUUUGGUUUUCUUUGUGUGCUUUUUUUUUUUUUUAGAGGUUGCUGUAAACUCAAAGGUUUAUUUUUUUUUAAUCCAUUUGUCCUGGUCCAUGUUUCCUUUAUUAAAGGUACUUUUUAUUUGUAAAGAAAUCUGCCUCAGUUAAGUGUAGAUGUGAAUUAUUGAUUUGCACUUGAAUGCAUGAACUGUAAAAUCCUACAGGUAGAUGGUUUGCAUUUUACUGUCACUCUGCAUGUGAGUUUGAAACAUGUUUUUUUUUUUGUUUCAGGUAUUUUUAGGCACCUGAAUUACUUUUUCACUUUUAACUUGAACCGCCAGGUACUUAAGCUAUACUUUAUCACAUGUGCCUAGUGUUCCAAUUUAAACAGACAUAUGUAUGUAUAGUACAGGGGCUGAUCUUUCAUCAGUAGUUAAGCAUGGUAUGUUCACAGGAAAAAAGACAAAAAUAUUUAAUCCAUCUGCCAAUUUUACUUUUUUUUUUUUUUUUAAUGCAGCUGUUUUUUGCAUCUGUGGUGUGUUGACAUUUUCAUUAGUAUUUUAACUUUUAUUUUCACUCUUGUUGAAGUGUUGUUGUUUUAACACACAAAGCAUUUGCUGUUCACACUGAAAAAUUUGCAAUAAAUCCUGAAAGUUAAUGUAAUGGUUUU